CGUAUAGUCACACUCUACUAAUUCUGGCUUACGUGACGAUUUACGUCCUUAAUCGCGUCGAAUUGUUGUCAGCAAGCAGCCUUCAACUUGCUUAUCGAUUGAUUAAUCUCGUCUCAAGCAUAUUGUCACCGAUCGGUCUAUUGCACGCCAUCCACUUCUUUUUUUUUUUGAAACUAUGGCACCGCCAACCAUUGGUCCCGAGCUUUCCUCUUCGCCGUCUCCGAUGGGUACGCCUACAGCGAAUCUUAGUUCUGCUUCUCUCAGGAGAAAAUCGAUCUCAUCACUGCGAGGGAAAAGUACGGAUUCUGUGAAGAGUAACUAUUCAACGGUAUCCAGGACUUCAAGCAGCGCGUCCAUACCUUUCUCCUCAGAUGAUGAGGUCGAACCUGUUCAGGAAGAUGGUGUUGUACAUACAAUGGGGAGAUUACACGCGAAACGUUACAAAACGCUAGAGUUUGCUAGUGAUCUACUUAAAAUUUUGGUGUCGUUAAGAAUUCCGACAUGGGCUUCUGCAGGAUCACUGUCACCAGAAGGUGUCAAGGUCUUCAAGGUCUCUGGAUCCCUUACGAAUGCUGUAUUCUUCAUCUCAUACCCGAACAGCCCGUCACUGAAGACUCUCCUCCUCCGCAUCUACGGACCUUCAUCUUCCGAGCUCAUCUCUAGGCCACGCGAGCUACACACGUUGCAUGUCCUCUCAUCGAGAUACCGGAUAGGACCUCGGGUCUAUGGUACCUUCGAGAACGGUCGGGUGGAGGAAUAUUUUGAUUCCACUGCUCUUACUGCUUCAGAGAUCCGUGACCCAGUCAUAAGUGGUUGGAUUGGAUCUCGAAUGGCAGAGCUCCAUUGUGUAGAUAUUGAGGCUAUCGAAGAAACAACGCCAGAGACGCGAGGCGAGAAUGUCGGUUGGGAUACUGCUGCGCGGAAGAACUUUCGCGAAUGGACCCUGCCCGCCCGAGAAGUUCUUCGGUUGAAGUCUGUCAGCGAAGAUUACAAGAUUACUCUAGAUUUUGACAGAUUUGUAGACGAAUGGGGACGUUAUAUGUUAUGGUUGGAUAAAUGGGAGAGAGCACAUGGUGCUAGUAAACGUGUUUUCGCACAUAACGACACGCAGUACGGCAAUCUAUUGAGGCGGAAAGAAAUAAAGGAAGGGACCCCUGAGCACCGACAGAUCAUUGUGGUGGACUUCGAAUAUGCCGCUCCAAAUUCGGCUGCCUUCGAUAUAGCUAAUCAUUUUCACGAAUGGACGGCAGACUAUCACAACUCAACGCCACAUAUUCUCGAUCCUAAACGCUAUCCGAUCGAGCAGGAAAGAAAGAACUUCUACAAGGCGUACCUCACACACGCCUGUCCCCCUUUCACCACCACUUCCGUGGCGACCGAUGUCAACACUCCUUCUGCGAAACUCGUAACCGUUGGAUCGGGAGGUGAUAUCCCCUUGGACCUGACAACGGAAUCUCAAAAACUGGAAGCUCAGGUCAGGGUGUGGAGUCCUGCAUCUCAUGCCAUGUGGGCAGUAUGGGGACUCGUUCAGGCCCGCGAAGAUUUGGAAUUGGCUGCACAGGCACAGGCAAAGGGAGCCCAGCCGGACCGACCAGAGUUUGAUUAUCUAGGCUAUUCUCUUUGUCGUGUAGAAAGGUUUAGAGCGGAACUAAAGGCGCUCGGAUUGUGAGCAAUCACGGCGCCAGGAAAUAGGGAUGGAUUUGGGUUACUAUACAAUCAGGGAUCUUUCGUAUAUUCGUAUGUAUAUUUAAUCAUCCCUCAGUCGUUCCCAUAAUUUUCCUCAUGCGUCCGCUCUUCUGCCGAUUGUAACCUAGGUGUACGAAAUACCGAUCUGCUGGUGUGAAUUCAGUUCCAGAGCUUAGCUGCGGUAAUUCCGGCGGAUUGACGCAUCCAUUCCAAAUGAUAGAACCGUUUCAUGCCGUACACAGACGAUCUUGAUUGUGCAUCUGAGGAGACCUCGAGUCGCUCUCACAAUUUUGCGUACCCCUUGCUUCUUAAUUGAAUCGUUUCUUCCUCAUCCGUUCAGUGGAGAUCUAAAGAGACGUGCUCAUAGGCUUCCUCAUGGCGUCCGCCACCAAGACUUCCCUUCCCGGUAAUGGAAGCCAUUCUUUAAAACGAGUUUAACAAAGUCAUAACGGGAUUACAUUGCUUCAAG